UAUGCUGGCUGAGGUGGUAUUGGUAUUGCAAUUAAACCUUCAGUUUUAUUCAUUCAUUCUAUGUUAAAUGAAAAAAAAUUGAUGAAAAUGAAAGGUUAUGUUGUAUUUCACACAUAUAAAACCUUUAUUAAUUUAGAUUUACGUUAAAAACUACAAAUUUCAAGUUGUCAAUAUUGACAAGCAGUUUAAUUUUCAGAUCAAGAUGUCGAAGCGUACAGCAGAAGAUGGUGGCAAUGGCAGUAAUCAACCACCGAUUAAGAAAGUUCAUUUUGAACCCCACCUUAUUGGUCCAGUGUCCACCCUUGAAGAGAUGGACAUUAAAGUCUUACAGUUUCAAAACAAAAAAUUGGCUCAGAGAAUAGAGCAACGUCACAGAUGUGAAGCAGAGUUGAGAGCGAGGAUCGAGCAGCUGGAAAAGAGACAAACACAAGAUGAUGCAGUGCUAUGUGUUGUUAACAGAUAUUGGAAUUUACUAAAUGAAGAUAUCAGAGUUUUGUUACAACGUUUCGACGCAGAGACAGCUGAUGAAUCAGAAAAUAAAAAUGAGAAUGAAGCCACAACUUCAUUCCUAAUGCAGUUGUCGACAUGGGAUAAGGAGGAAUUAGAUGCUCAGCUUGCGAAUAGAGUGCAAGUAAGCAAGAGGGCCGUGGCUAAAGUCUUACAGGCAUUUGAUAGACUUCAGCAAAGAAAUGAUAAAAUCUGGAAAGCUAUCAAGGGCGAAGGGGAAGAAGGAGCUCCAGCACCGUCUCUGGACGAGGUGAUCCGUGCCACCAACGAGGAGGUGACGGCGGAGAGCCGGAGGCUGCAGGCUCUGUGCACCUCGCUGCAUGAGGGACACCACGCCAUGACGCUGCGGGUGGCGCGACUGCAGGACGCCGUCAACAGCCGCGACACAGAGAAUGCUGAGCUGAAGAACCAGAUUGACGAUCUGCAGUAUGAAUUGAUGAAGGUGCGCUCAAGGAACGACAAACUCGAAAAUCAUCUCGCUGAAGCGAUCGAGAAGCUGAAGAGCUACCACCAGUCGGGCGGCGCCAGCGCGGCGACGGCGGCGGCGGGCGGCGCGGGCCCGGCCUGCGCGCCGCACUCGGCCGCCAGCGCCAAGCUGGAGGACGUGGCGGCCGAGCUGGAGGAGCAGCGCGAGCUCGCCACCAACCGCCUGGCCGAGCUGGACCGCCUGCACCGCCAGCACCGCGACACGCUCAAGGAGCUCGAGAAGCUGAAGAUGGACAUCCGACAACUGCCGGAGUCGGUGAUAGUUGAGACGACAGAAUACAAGUGUCUGCAGAGUCAGUUCUCAGUGCUGUACAAUGAGUCGAUGCAGAUGAAAACAGCUCUUGAUGAGACUCGUCUGCAACUCCAGAGCGCCAAAAACCUUCACAUGCGGCAGAUUGAGAUGAUGGAGAGCGAAGAGCUAGCCAGGCAAAAGGCAUUACGAGCUGAAAUGAUUCAACUUGAAGAUGUACUCGGUCAAUUGCGGAAGGAAUAUGAAAUGUUACGAAUAGAGUUCGAACAGAAUCUAGCUGCCAAUGAACAGACCGGUCCCAUCAACAGGGAAAUGAGACACCUUAUUACUUCGCUGCAGAAUCACAAUCAACAGCUGAAAGGGGAGGUCCAUCGGUAUAAGAGAAAAUAUAAAGAUUCUAGUCAAGAAUUAAAUAAGAUUCGUAAGGAAUUGGAAGAAGCGAGUUCUCGUGGCGGCGCCAGCUCGGAGCAACCGGACGAAAAGCCGCUAGUCGUUAAAAAGGAGGAACCCGAUCCAGAGGGUGAAGAGAACGCGUGUGCGGAUGCUCGCGGCAAGGAGCACGGCCGAGCCAAGCUGCAGGAGCAGGACCAGCUCAUCAAAGACCUCAAGCAGCAGCUCAAGAAAGCAGUUAACGAACAAAAGGAGUUGAAGCUGCUACUGGAUAUGUAUAAAGGUGUCAGUAAAGAGCAGCGGGACAAGGUGCAGCUCAUGGCAGCGGAGAGGAAGGCGCGGCAGGAACUGGAAGAUCACCGUCAGAAGGCUAAAAUGGCACAGGAAAGCAAGCGCGAGCGGCGGCUGGCCGACGAGGAUGCGUUGCGCAAGAUCAAGCAGCUGGAGGAGCAGAAGUACGAGCUGCAGAAGCAGCUGUCGUGUGCGCGACCCAACGCCGACCCGCUGCACGCCUUUGCCAGGCCCUUCGCCGGCUCGCAGGUCUCUGCCGAAGAGGAGGCCCUUCUCAAUGAAAUGGAAGUGACCGGGCAAGCGUUCGAGGAUAUGCAGGAGCAGAACUCUCGACUUAUCCAGCAACUGCGGGAGAAGGACGACGCCAACUUCAAGCUUAUGUCCGAGCGGAUAAAGGCCAACUCCCUUCACAAACUGCUGAGGGAGGAGAAGCAACUCCUACAAGAGCAGGUGGUGACACGCGAUCAGCAGAUAGAGUCCAUGGGGCUGGUGGCUCGCCGGCUGGAGGAGAAGGAGCGCUUGUUGCAGAAUACGCUGUCGGCGGUAGAGAAGGAACUGCUGUUGCGGCAGCAGGCCAUGGAGAUGCACAAGCGGAAAGCCAUCGAGUCGGCGCAGUCCGCUGCAGACCUUAAAUUGCAUCUUGAAAAGUACCACGCGCAGAUGAAGGAAGCGCAGCAAGUAGUGGCGGAGAAGACGAGCGCGCUCGAAGCUGAAGCGUACAAAACCAAACGGUUACACGAAGAGUUAGCGGUCCUUCGGCGUAAAGCGGAACGUAUGAAAAAGAUGGAGCAAGCUGGCAGCAGUAUGGACGAAGUGCUUCUUGAAGAGAUCAGAGAGUACAAGGAGACGCUCACUUGCCCUUCAUGCAAGGUGAAGCGGAAGGACGCGGUGCUGACGAAAUGUUUCCACGUGUUCUGCUGGGACUGCCUGCGCACGCGCUACGAGACGCGCCAGCGGAAGUGCCCCAAGUGCAACGCCGCCUUCGGGGCCAACGACUACCAUCGCCUCUACCUCUCCACGUAGGCUGCCGGCGACCCCGCUCCUAACCCACCUCCAGGAUUGUUUUGGGAAUAUGAAUUUAACAUCCACUAUUGUGUAGUGGAAAUUUUAUUAGCUGUUAUUUAUAAUCGGUUGAGAGUGCGAUUACGAUGGUCGGUGUUCGCGUGGAGUAUGAUAGAUUUAUUAUCCUUGAGAAUCAAGUGUAUAGGCAUUUUUUUUUUCUAAACUAUUGACAAACCAAAUAACGGUUUAUUCUACGCCAGUCACAAUAUGUUUUUCUUAUGGUAGUAAGCAUAUGUGCGUAACAGCAUUACUAAGAGUUUUUUCUUAGUGUAAAGGUCUCGCUAGUAGACAGUACUCAUAUGUAUAUUUUGAUCUUACGAAUAUAGCGUAUAGUGGAAGAAGAAAUUGACGGGUCUGAAGCUGACAGUUUAUAUUUUAUAGAAUUGUCAUUGUUCAAAUAAAUUUGUUCUUAAUAAUUCAAGAUUUUGUGUAAUUUCGCAUCUGUAUAGUUCUAUGAAGAGAACAGAUUUUGUCGUUCUUAGAUUGAAUUUUAUUAACAAAUUUCUUAAUAUAAAAUCCACAGUCUAUGCUUUCCAAUCUACGCUAAAAUAUAUUUCACACGCACUGUUUUGGAUUUGGCACUUUUUGUGUAUAUUGUACGAGUAUAAGUGCUUGUAAUAAUAUUCUGUUUUUAUUUUAUAUGUAAAUUAGGAUUGUCUAAAAUAAAAUAGGAUUGUCAAAAACUUUUCAAUUAAUUCUGAUAUGUAUUGCGUAAAAAAUAUAUUUCCCUGUGCCGAUCUGGCUUAUUCGAGGAAAGCAACGAUAUUGUCGUAUGUGCAGGCUGAGUGAGUCAGUGUAAUUACAGGCGCAAGGUUGGCAUGUUUAAAACUGACGGCAUGUAAAAUGUUUGCCCAAUUACUCGUCUUUCUUUUUAUAAUAAUAAUCAAUGAAAAAUGCUACGUCAAUCUUUAUAUAUUAAUAGUAAAAGUAAUAUCUGUCUAAAUAAAAAUUACAAUAAUUCCUUAGUUUCGUGUGAUGAUCUCAUGACAACACUGAAAUAUGAGAUUGAGGAUGAUAAACAGUAUUGAAAGUUGUUUACUUUCUUAAUCGGUUUGUGAUUUUUAGCGGAUUCUGUAUCGCGACGUAACUAGAGAACAAUAUGCAUAUUUUCGCCCGCAAUUGUCUACGUUAUAUAUAUAGCGAUGUUAGGUAUGUGGCUUAUACAUUUUUAGAUAAUUGUAUUUGCUUUUCGAGUAUUAUAUAGAUAACUUAUAAAAAAAAACUAUAUUAACACAAUAAAAUAAUAUAAUUAAAUAGCUCAAACAUAGCUUUUUUCAAUUCUGGAUAUCCUCUAAGUAAAGAUGUGAAUAUACAAAAACAAUUAAUAAAAAAAUAUUAAAAUAUGACAUUAGUAUUUGAUGGGACACGGUUUUUCAUUCAUUCCUUAUAUUAUAGUAAAACUUUCCAUGUAUUUAAUUAUGAAUUAUAUAAAAGAAAUCAUUAAAUAUAAGAAUUUAAAGUGCAUUUUACAACUAUGUAUGUGGCAAACACGUUUUAUUGUUGUAUAUUGAGAAUAACAUGAAAUCGAACAAGUGAAAAUAGUUUAUCUUCGUUUAGUAUAUAAUAAGUUAAGUAAGUUUCAAUUUAUCACCUUAUUAUGGGCGUAAUAAACAUGAAAAUAUAUAAUGUAUAAUUUUGUAAACAUUUUUGUUAUGUAAAAAGUGAAUACUUUCUUAUGUUAAGGCCAAUAAUGACACUAAAAUUAUGAAAAUUGUUCGAAAAAUUAUAUCCGAAUGUUUCAAGUAAUAUUUUUUCUAAUUUCUUAAUAAUUUACUUUAUUUUGUUGAAAGAAAAACUACUGAAAAGUAAAAUUGUUUUGACGUUUUUAUUUUGUAAAAGUUCUAUUAUAAUGUACCCUAUAUAUAUGGCCUUUAUUUGUAUGGUAACAUUUUUAGGUAUUGAUUUCAGUCAGUCCAUAAUAAGGUAGUUCAGUUAUUAUUAUUAUAUUGUAGAUAGGGAAAUAGACUAACGCCAGCCCACUGACUGAUAUAUUUAUACUUUAGGCUAAACAUUCAUUGGGUUUAAAUAAACUUUGCAUUCACUUUGUUGUCACAUGUAAAAUCUCAUCGUAUCGUAAUUUUGUUAUCAUUGUUUCAUAUUUAAAACAAAAAACUUAAAAUAAAAGUUUAUUUUUAUUAAAUAUACUUGUGACAGCAUUUGGUACGAAUUUAAUUUAAAUUUAAACUACAUUUGUAACUUAUAAUUUCAACAAAACUUAUCUUAAGUAGAACCUCAGCCUUUGUGUUGUUAAAUAAUGUAGCCAAAAUAUUGUUUGACACAACUUGCUAGAAAUAUAAUAGCUAAAAUUUUGUUAAUUGUAUAUGUUUUUUGUUUUCCGAGUGUUAUUUAAAAGCUGUUAAAAUCUGUCAAGAAAUUAUGUUAUUACAUGUUACAUCUAUUUAAAUAAACUACUUCAUUAUUUCUAAAUGUAUCAUUAUGCAAUAAGUAGGUAAAAGUAACUCUCUCGAUAUAAAUGUUGGGUGUGGUUUAAAAAAAAUUCAAGCUAAUUUCAAAGGGCUGAGGCACAACUCAAACUGUGUAUAUCUGAUUAAAUGUAAUAUUAAUUUAAAUGGAGUAUCGAAUAAAUGUUUCAAACAUA